AUGCCCCGAGAUACGCGUUUGUCGGCAUUUCCCGGAUUUUGCAGAUUCUGCGGUGAUGUAGAAGGCUUCGGACCCUUUUCCAAGUACGGUGACUUUACGCUGUGUUUCCUAGAUGGGAUUCUUUUACCAGCAGUAGCGCUGUUCAUGAUCAUUUUUGGAACGAAGGAACUGGUGCGAUUGAGUCGCGAGCCCCAUCCGGGUGUUAAGUAUAGGAAAAACUGGCUUUUGGUAUCUCGACUGGCGCUGGUUGUGUUGCAAGCGGUUUUUGCCGGUGCAGGUCUUUUUGAGGGCGAAACGGGCGAACAAGGUCUAUUGAAAGUGUCGCUCUGGCAGUACUCCUUGACAUUGGCGUCGUUGGUCGUUACUUUCUGUCUCCACUUCGUGGAAUACUUCAGAUCGCCCAUUUCCAACGGCGUUGUGCUUUUUUACUGGCUAUUCGCCUCUAUCUUUCAAGCGGCCCGCGCAACAAAUUUCCUCGUUCGACACUCUUACGAGGACGUGUGGCCUGCUGGCAAACAGGUCUUUGUUGUCACCGUGUUCCAGGCUUGCAGUGGUAUCCUCGAGCUCGCUUUGGAAGGUUUGUUCACAAAGGCCCAAAUGCCUUACCAAGAAAUAAGGGAAUACCAUUCCAAGCGUAAGAAUAAUCCACGGGACUCGGCAAACAUUUUCUCGCGGAUCUCAUUCACCUGGAUGACAGAACUCAUGAGAAGCGGCUAUAAUAAGUAUUUGACCGAGUCUGAUCUUUACCGUCUACCUGCAAAUUUCGGUAGUGCCGAAAUAGCACAAACUUUCGAAAAACGCUGGGACCACGAAAUCAAGCGCAGUUCCAAUCCGUCUUUGGCGUGGGCCCUUGUGCUCACUUUUGGAGGCAAAAUGCUUUUGGGAGCGGCCUUCAAAGUUAUUCACGACAUUCUAGCGUUUACACAACCACAACUUUUACGAAUUUUGAUUAAAUUUGUCGCGGACUACACUGAUACCGCUGAUUCGGACAAAGAGCCCAUUGUAAGAGGCUUUAUGAUUGCGAUCGGCAUGUUUGUUGUUAGCGUACUGCAAACGUCUGUUUUGCAUCAAUAUUUUUUGAAUGCUUUCGACACCGGUAUGAAUAUCAAAAGUGGGUUGACGUCCGUCAUAUAUCAAAAAGCGUUGGUUCUCUCUAACGAGGCUUCGACUGCAUCUUCGACCGGUGACAUUGUGAACUUGAUGAGUGUGGAUGUUCAAAGGCUCCAGGAUCUCACUCAAUGGGGUCAGAUUAUAUGGUCAGGACCUUUCCAAUUGAUUCUUUGUCUGGUCUCCCUAUACAAACUACUCGGUCCCUGUAUGUGGGUAGGUGUCUUCAUAAUGGUUAUCAUGAUUCCGACAAACUCUAUCAUCAUAAGACUUCAAAAGAAAUUGCAGAAGAUUCAAAUGAAAAACAAGGACGAAAGAACGCGGAUUAUCAGCGAAAUUCUGAAUAACAUAAAAUCUUUGAAACUCUAUGCGUGGGAAGAACCUUACAAACAAAAACUAGAGUAUGUCAGAAAUGAGAAAGAACUGAAAAAUUUAAAGAAAAUGGGAGUCACCAUGGCUAUAGGAACUUUCCAAUUUAACUGUGUUCCAUUUUUGGUGUCCUGCUCGACUUUCGCGGUUUUCGUUUUAACUCAAAAGGACAAGGCGCUUUCGACAGAUCUUGUUUUCCCGGCCCUUACUCUUUUCAAUCUGUUAGCUUUCCCACUUGCCGUGAUUCCUAACGCAAUUUCUUCAUUUAUUGAAGCAUCCGUAUCAGUUCAAAGAUUACGUUCCUUUUUGAUGUGUGAGGAGUUACAAAGAGAUUCAGUUCAAUAUAAACCAAAGAAAACAAAGAUUGGAGAUGUGUCUGUUAAUAUCGGUGCCGAUGCAACUUUCUUGUGGCAACGGAAGCCCGAAUACAAGGUUGCCCUAAAGAACAUCAACUUUGAGGCGAAGAAAGGAGAGCUUGCGUGCGUCGUCGGAAAAGUCGGUAGUGGCAAGAGUGCCUUCAUUCAAAGUAUGCUAGGUGACCUGUUUCGAGUGAAGGGAUUUGCCACUGUUCACGGCAAAAUAGCUUAUGUUUCACAAGUGCCAUGGAUCAUGAACGGUACCGUGAAGGAAAACAUUUUGUUCGGUCACAAGUACGAUGAGUCCUUUUAUCAAAAAACAAUUAACGCAUGUGCGCUCACGGUUGACUUUUCCAUCCUCCCAGAUGGUGAUCAGACAAUGGUGGGAGAAAAGGGUAUUUCAUUGUCGGGGGGUCAGAAAGCACGUCUGUCAUUAGCUCGAGCCGUCUAUGCGCGUGCUGAUACCUAUCUACUGGAUGAUCCCCUUGCAGCGGUCGAUGAGCACGUUUCACGUCAUUUGGUUGAAUGCGUUUUGGGUUCCUCUGGUUUACUCAGUACCAAGACCAAAAUCUUGGCCACUAAUAAGAUUUCUGUUCUUUCAAUUGCAGACUCCAUAACGCUUUUGGAAAACGGCCAAAUUGUGCAACGUGGAUCUUACGACGAUGUCGUUAAAGAGAGCUCUUCCCCAUUAGCGAAGUUGAUUGCCAGUUAUGGAAAGAAGAAGCGGACUACCGAUGAAGACUCUGAAACGCUCGCACCAACACCCGAAAGUUCCACGGAAGAAAAUCUCGAUUUACAAAAGCUGGAUAAAACGUUUGUUUCAGACACAAGGAGUCUAAGAAGAGCAAGCGACGCCACAUUAAGAAGUUUGGACUUUGAUGAUGGCGACGCUCCGGGUAAAAGAGAACAUCGUGAACAAGGCAAGGUCAAAUGGGACAUUUACCUAGAGUACGCUAAGGCUUGCAAUCCCAGGCAUGUUGUUGUGUUAAUUGUUUUCAUUGUUAUAUCAAUGUUUCUGUCCGUGUUGAGCAAUGUUUGGUUGAAGCAUUGGUCUGAAGUGAAUACCAAAUAUGGUUACAACCCAAGUGUUGUCAAAUACCUUGGUAUUUAUUUCUUGCUCGGUUUAGGCUCUGCUCUUUCUUCAUUGGUACAAACCGUCAUCUUGUGGAUUUACUGCACGAUCCAUGGGUCUCGCUAUCUGCAUGACUCCAUGGCAAGCGCAGUUCUUCGUGCUCCCAUGUCAUUUUUCGAGACGACUCCUAUUGGCAGAAUACUAAAUCGGUUUUCCAACGAUAUCUAUAAAGUGGAUGAACUACUGGGGAGAACGUUCUCUCAAUUUUUUGUCAAUGUUGUAAAAGUGUCAUUUACCAUCCUUGUUAUUUGCACCUCAACCUGGCAAUUCAGUCUCAUUAUCAUUCCACUCAGCUCAGUCUACAUCUUCUACCAACAAUACUAUUUGAGAACUUCGAGAGAAUUGCGCCGCUUGGACUCAGUAACAAGAUCUCCCAUUUAUGCUCACUUUCAAGAAACCCUCGGUGGCAUAAGCACAAUUAGAGGCUAUGGACAGGAAGAUCGCUUCAUUCACAUCAACCAGGCUCGUGUUGAUAACAACAUGAGCGCUUACUACCCAUCUGUGAACGCCAACAGAUGGCUUGCUUACAGAUUAGAAUUUCUCGGGUCGAUCAUCAUCUUCUCAGCCGCCACACUCUCAGUGUUCAAAUUGAGGCAGGGCUCACUCACUGCCGGUAUGAUCGGUCUUUCUCUGAGCUACGCGCUUCAAAUUACCCAAUCGCUUAAUUGGAUUGUUAGAAUGACAGUUGAAGUUGAAACGAAUAUUGUGUCUGUCGAAAGAAUUAAAGAGUACUCGAAUUUGAAGCCUGAGGCUCCUCAAAUCAUAAAAGAUAACAGACCUGCGGAAGAUUGGCCAACAAAGGGCGAUAUCGUCUUCGAGAACUACUCCACGAGGUAUCGUUCGGAGCUAGGGCUUGUGCUAAAGGGCAUAAACCUGCACGUUAAGCCUAAGGAAAAAAUUGGAAUUGUGGGUCGCACCGGUGCUGGAAAAUCGUCUUUGACAUUAGCGUUGUUUCGAAUUAUCGAGGCUGCUGAAGGGCGCAUUUUGAUCGACGAUGUUUCCAUUGACAAAAUUGGUUUAAGUGAUUUGAGACACCAUUUGUCCAUCAUUCCACAAGACGCCCAAGUCUUCGAAGGUACCGUCAGAGAGAAUAUAGAUCCCACCAACUGUUUUACAGAUGAACAGAUAUGGGGCGCCCUAGAGCUUUCGCACCUUAAGGAGCAUAUCAUGGGUUUAGGAGACGACGGCUUGAAUGCUCAGCUGAGUGAAGGUGGCGGUAACCUUUCUGUGGGUCAAAGGCAAUUGAUGUGCUUGGCCCGUGCCCUACUCAUCCCAUCCAAAGUGUUGGUGCUAGAUGAAGCUACGGCUGCCGUUGACGUAGAAACAGACCAAGUCAUUCAAGAGACAAUAAGAUCUGCUUUCAAAGACCGAACCAUUCUAACUAUCGCGCAUAGAAUCAACACCAUUAUGGACAGUGAUCGCAUAGUUGUUCUAGACCAAGGACAUGUGGCUGAAUUCGACAAGCCCGAAGUUUUGUUACAAAACACUGAAAGCAUGUUUUAUGCAUUGUGCAAAGAGGCUUCUACCAUUGCUGAUGAGGCUACGAAACAAGUAAGUUAG